AAAUGAAAGCAUUUGAACUGACGUGGCAGAGCAUCACAGUGUGGGCGUGGCUUAGUAUUGUCAACAUCCUGGUGACAUAACUGGUUUCUCCAAAAUGGCGACGGCGGAACAGAGGGAAGCUGGUCAGGACGACCCGGAGAGUGAAGAUGAGGUUUAUGAGGUUGUGGACCUGACAGAAUAUGCCCGAAGGCACCAGUGGUGGAGCAGAGUGUUUGGGAACAACUCCGGCCCCAUUGCUGAGAAGUAUUCUGUGGCUACUCAGCUCAUGAUGGGAGGGGUGACUGGAUGGUGUGCUGGUUAUGUCUUCCAGCGAGUUGGGAAGAUAGCAGCGACUGCUAUUGGUGGAGGCUUCCUUCUCUUACAGAUCGCCAAUCACAGCGGCUACGUUCAGGUGGACUGGAAGAAGGUGGAGAAGGAUGUGAACAAAGCAAAGAAGCACCUAAAGAAGAAAGCAAACAAAGCAGCCCCUGAAAUAAACACAUUCAUUGAGGAGGCUACAGAUUUUAUAAAGAGGAACAUCGUCUUGUCCAGCGGAUUCGUCGGUGGCUUCUUCCUGGGAUUGGCUUCCUAAAGCUGCUGCACACGCUGGAGUCUCUACUUACUGUGAAUCACACUACUACUACUACUACAUAGGUCACUUUUCCUCUCCAUUGUUUACCUCUCGGCCCCAUGUGUCUAAGGGUUCAUCUCUUUAAUGAAGUGAACGGGGGGGUUAUGUUGAACAUCAUAGCAUGAUCUGUUGUGACAGUGGUAUUAACUGUGUAACGUUGUUCUUCUUCUACCCCCCCAUUGUUUUGAAUCAAUCCUAGCUAGCUAUUUCCUUUUGAGUGAACAUUUUGAAGAGCGUGUGCCAGAGACCUGGUGCACCUGGAUUGUACUGUGAAGGACUCUUCUGCGGGGACCCUCCGUGGAUCUUUUUUGCUGAACAUGUCAAGCGGCCACAAACGAGCACAGAUUUCGCUUUUGCAAAGUUUAGAUCGGCCCAAGUGUUUGCCCGGCGCAUUCUGAUCUCAGAAGCAAGUUGGCAUGCGUGGGCGCCAUUGUAAAUAUGUAGCCAACCCCCUUUUUUCAGAGCUGUAAAUACACACACACACAAGAGUAAAUAUUAUAUAAAAGACAUGGAACGCAGCAGAGUGGGAAAGCAACGCCAGCCCCCAGUCUAGUGCCUAGAGGUAUUUUUUAAGUAGCUGUGAAGUAUGCUAGCUUUACAUGCCAUUUAAGCAGUUUGGUUUUUAAAGUUUGCCACACUGGCUGGGGGGGGAAAAGUUUCCACUCUAACUGAUGCACAGCACAGGUCACGAGCUGCGUCUUGGAAUAUCCUCUGCUUUACGGACCACGCUGAGUAUUAAAGCUCCUGUUACUGACACAAUCCCCAGCUCCACAAUGCCCUUUAAUGACAGGCUGAGCAUCUGCUGCACCCAAAUUACCACCAUCACAAGCUACACACCAAAAGAGCCACCAGUCGGGUCGUUAACGAGCAUAAUGGGGGAGCAAUUGUGACUCCUACGCCCUCGCUGUUGUCAUUGUGCAUUUAAUAGUGUCAGUGUAGCAAUAACAAAACAGCAAUGCUGCCGAGUUGUGCUUCAUCACUUUAAUUAUCGAGAUUGGACAUCCACUCACAGGAGUCCGGUUAAGUUGAUCACGAGUUGCUUACUUUUUUUUUUUCUUCUUCCUUUUUUGGCCUUUUUCUACCAGUGCAAUAUUCAGUAUUUCAGAGGGGAUUUCUUUUUUUUUUUACUUUAAAAGAGCUUAUGUCUCCAUCUGGUGUUUUGUACGCUCAUGUUCCCUUCAUUGUUUCUAUUUAAUUAUUUUGAUAACCCCCUACUUGAGUUUUGGUGAAUUUGUUUUGUGUCUUUUUUUGAAAUAAAGUUGCCUGAUUUUGUCUUAAGUAACAGUAAAAUUUCAAAAAA